AUGAAAUCGACAGCGGCUACGCCAGCCGCCGAGCUAACCACCCUCCAGGCGUCGGGGCUAAUGGUGCGCUCCGGUCCCAAAACGUACACCGCCAGCAUUCAAGCUGACAACAGACAAACAGCUGGCAUACUCGGUCAUAUACGUGCUACCUCUCUACCUAUCAGAGGCGACACGGCCCUCCCCAACGCGGUCCAGGGACGACCCGGCCGCAAUCCGUGCCCGUCCUGCUCCGUUGUCACCCUCAUCACGAUAUGCUGCCUGUCCCAACAGCACCCCGCCCUCUUUUUGAUGGGCUACUGGCCCAUCCGCCUGAUUGAAUCGGCCAAGGCUCUACUUCUCACAGCCGUCCUCUUCGCCGGUCCUCUCUACGAGAACCUCUUCAUCGACGGUGACUGGCGCCAUCUAGGCUCUGGCUUACGACAUCUCUGGCAGAGUUGGCCAACGUGGCGAAAUAUUGUCGCCGGGCCUGUCACCGAAGAAUGUCUGUUUCGCUCUGCCGUGGUCCCGCUUCUGGUAUUGGCCAAGGCCAACACUCUCAGCAUCAUCUUCCUAUCACCCCUUGUGUUCGGUGUUGCUCAUAUGCAUCACUUUUACGAAUUUCGCCUCACCAACCCCGGAGUUCCCAUCUACGCGGCAGUAGCGCGUACAAUCAUCCAGCUAACAUAUACAUCCGUAUUUGGAGCCUAUGUCACAUUCCUGUUCCUGCAAACAGGGUCACUCCUUGCCGUAGUGCUCGUACACGCCUUCUGCAACUGCCUUGGUCUUCCGCGGGUCUGGGGCUAUAUGUACCCGUAUUGGCUACCUAUCAAUGCAACCAAGGGCACGCUCCUGAAGUGGACAAUUCCAUAUUAUAUUUUCCUGGUAGGCGGGCUACUGUAUUGGCGGCAAAACCUUCACUCGCUUACCGAAUCCCCCCUGGGUCUCCUCAAGUAA